CUGGAAGCCUAUGACGUGUAGGGGUUCCCCAGUUUUCUCACGUGAUAAUCAUGUGAUCAACACAAAAUGUCGGUGCCAUACUUCCUGGUUCAGUUUUCUGUUUAUGUAUUAACUAAUUAAUAAGUAAUAGGAUAUUACCAUAUAGGAUUUGAGUUUAUAUCUUGCAAGGAGUUUCAAAGUUUUUACGACAUAGGGUGUAUGUAUUCAUGUAUGAAGCUAGAAAUUUGAAAGAACCUAGGAUAGGAUGAACUUGAAGGUUUCUUUCUGUCUUUUCCAAAUCAUCUGACAACAAAACAAGCAUAAAUGGCUACAAAAAAGAUCAAGACGAACAUCGAGGUCCACCCACUCACAAAGGAUCCAUACCAAGCCUGGCAGAAGCUUCAGGUGAAGCAAAAGGUUUUACCAGUGACACCCUUAGACCUUGCCACCCCCAUUUAUGAAGAUAAAGUACGCUUUGUUUGCCUCUCAGAUACUCACAGCAGACAUGGAAAAAUCAAGGUGCCACCUGGGGAUGUCUUACUUCAUGCUGGAGACUUCACACAACUGGGGGCGUUUAAGGAGGUUUAUCAAUUCAAUGAAUUCUUAGGUGCACUGCCUCACAAAUAUAAAAUCGUAAUAGCUGGGAAUCAUGAACUCACCUUUGACCCUGAAACAAAGAAUGAAGUCGCUGCAAAGUCUGGCAUGUUUGGUAAAAAAACUAAUGACAGCGAAACAUUUAACCAUAUCAAGGAUCCGAGGGAACUGCUGACCAAUUGUAAUUAUCUAGAGGAUGGAGGAAUCUCAAUAUGUGGAAUCAAAAUAUAUGGAUCUCCUUGGCAGCCAGCAUUCUGCUCCUGGGCUUUCAAUCUUCCUCGAGGCUUUCCCUGUCUAGAUCAAUGGAAUCUCAUCCCAGUAGACACGGACAUUCUGAUGACACAUGGACCACCCAUAGGGCAUGGAGAUGAAUGUCAAAACGGUAUGAGGGCUGGGUGUGUUGAGUUGCUCCACACGGUGCAACGAAGAGUGCAGCCAAAGUACCAUGUCUUUGGACAUAUCCAUGAAGCCUAUGGUGUUACCACAGAUGGCUUUACAACUUACAUCAACGCCUCCAACUGCACCCUGCGCUACAGACCUGACAAUCCCCCAGUGAUUUUCGAUAUGCCUCUACCACCAGGAUUUUCAAAAGACGAUCUAAAUGUAACGGCCACAGCUGAGGACUGUGAAACUGAAGCCGACGAAGCCACAGGUUGAGAAACUGAUGUUGCUUUUGAGGACGCUGAGAUAGAUGAAAUUCGAAACAGUCUUAAUUAGUGAAAGCAUAAUUGAGGGUAGUGAAUCUUCGUGAGGACAACAACAAUAACUCUCAGAGAACAUGGAUUUUGCAUUCGUGACUCAAGACUAUGUUCCUAUGUUAUUAUUAUGUUUGUGAAAAGUGGAGAAUGGGGAGUCGAAUUACAGGACAAUAAACAAGACUUGCACUUAUUUACAGUAGACGUUGUGAUGCAUCCAGAGCUUGCUGAUAAAUGGUUGUCGGACAGUUCAUUGAACAGCUUCUGUUGUUAUUUGCACUUGAACGUGUGGAAUGGGCAUGUUGAUUGCGACUCGUAUUGUUGCAAAUGUCAUCUCUCUCGGGGAAAUACAAUAUAAUAUGCAUUGCUGGCUAGCUGGGAUCUGAUCAAUUCUUUACUCCUCCCUGCUCAAUGUGAAUUGACGUCCCUCGUGCUGUUUAAGCAACUGAACAAUAUAUAUACUUUUAGUCACACCCAGUUAA